AUGCCAAUGGCUAUGAAAAAAAGAAGAUUAAACAAUGGUUGCUGGACUUGCAGGACUAAGAAAGUUAAGUGUGAUUCGAAAAAACCUUUCUGCGAUAAAUGCAAAGAUUCUGGUCUUCAUUGUGACGGUUAUGAAGUUAGACUAACUUGGCUAGAAGGAACAAAAUUUGACAAAUUUGGAGAACAAAUAACAUCUAAGAGCUCGGACAAGAACGAUGAAGAUAUCCGACAUCAAAGAAGUUCUAUUAAAUUUGUUAAAUACAAAAAUAUACCUCUUCUUCAACAAGAGCUGAAUCUCAAAUUACAAGAAAGUGAAAAUUUAAACCCUAACGUAAUAAUAAAUAACUAUAAUGGUACAAAAAUGGUUUUUGUAUUUCCAGUGGAAUGUAGGAGUGAAAAUACACAUGGUAUCACUAGUAUAAACAACACAAAUACAACAGUAUCUAAUUAUAAACAUUAUGGCUCUCCUUCAAAUAUUAAAAAUAAGCCAAUUUUUGAUUCUCAAAUUAGAACAGAAUCUGCUAUAGUUGACAAUGUCUUUUGUCAUACAAAUCAGACUGGCUAUAAUUUGCAAGUUGGACCUGAUGAUUAUAAAAUCUUAGAUUCAGAAAUGCUACUAACGACAAUUCCAGAAUUAGAAACAAUAUCCACUGAUUUGAGAGAAGAUGCUUUACUGUCUAUGUUUGCUUUGCAAGAGCAUAAUCUUCCACUUCAUUGGCCAUUAGAAAAUUCAAUAGAAAGUAAGAAAGGACAUGAUAGUUGUUCAGGUACGGAUCUCCCUAAUUCGAACGUAAAAACUAAUGCAAUUGGAGAUCAGUCACUCCAGUGGGCGUUUAAAGCAUUAUUUGAUAAUAGUAGUUAUAGUGACGAUUAUGAUCAUAAUACAAAUAACCUUAAUAAUAAUUGUAAUGAUGUUCAUGAAAAUGCUUCAGAGUCGUCAUUAAUGUUAAAUGACCAUAUGCUUCAUAAAUCUCCUGUUAUUAAUGAACAUAGUAUGUAUAAGGUGACAGAUAGAAAAUUGAAUGUGAUUAAUGAUUUUCCUAGAGAACUUUUUGAAAUUGUAAAAACAAAUACUACACCGUUUGAUUUCAAUCCAACUUUGAUGAUUGGAGAAGAGGAGUAUACCAUAGAAACGACAAGUUUAUUAAUUAAUGGUUUAACAAAUUUCCUUUUAAAGUAUUUUAUAAAAAAUGUUGCAGAUUUAAUGAUUGUUGUGGCUGCCUCAAAAAAUCCUUGGAAAACUAUUUAUUUCCGUAGAGCACUAAAUGCAAUGGGAAGCUUGGCAGGCUUAAGAGAAGUUUCCAAUUCCGAAAAUUCAAUUUUAAAUUCCGUAUUAGCUGUAUCAUGUUUUCAUUUAAUCAAUAAAUUUCAAAAAAAUUCAAAGUUACAAAAUUAUUUUUUAAAUCUUGGCAUAAAGUUUAGGUCGAGUGCGUCGAAAUUUUUGAAUCAAUCUAUCCAAGAUAAAUUACAAAAGGAAAAAUACAAAGAUAUAUUAUGUGCGAUGUUAGCAAUGAGUUCUGUAGAUGUGGUAUGGGGCACCAUGACGGAUAGUUGGCAGUAUUUAAAUUUAUGUGAACAGUUUAUACAAAAAAGACUAUCGACUAAACCAAAUUUAUCUAAAAAGGCAAAAUCUUUACAUGAAAUAUUUUCAUUAUUUCAAUUAAUUCAGGAUAGUACUUCUUUGGAUAAAAUAACCCCGUCUGAAAUAAUAGAUUUUGAUGACAGCACAGAUCAAGCAGUUAUUAAACUCUAUAAUAAAGAUGGUACCUCAACGAACAAUGUUAGUAGAAUGAGUUUAAAUCCGAUUGACAUAGAAGCCAAUGCAUCAGGUAGUAAACAGAACACUGUCAAGAUUCCAAUAUUUGACGAAUUUUACCAAAAGAAGUGCUAUUUUUCGUAUAGCACACCGUCAAGAAAUGAAGUACUGGAAAGUGACAAUCCUUUCGGUCUUCCCAAUUCGUUGAUCUUACUAUUUUCUUAUUGUACUAAAAUAGUUCGUCAUUGUAUUUAUUAUAAAAAACAUGGCCAGACCAGACCUCCUAAAUUCAGCUACGCAGUCAAGCAAUUUGAGGAACAGUUAAUGAAUUGGUUACCAGAAUGGAGUUUUUGGCUUGAUGAUUCCAAAAAUAUUUUUAUAAAUAAAACAAUCGAAGCUAUUUAUCAUCAUACAAUGAGUUUCUAUUUUGGAGUAAAGGUUUAUUAUUUUACUAUGGUGAAAAAUUUACCACUUGAACUUGUUCAAAUAUAUGUUGAAAAAACGUUGCAUCAUUUGAAUAUAAUAAGGACCUUAAUAGAAAAAGAUAAAAUAAAUGUAUUACCACUUUUCUGGCAAGGCUUUAUAGCAGGGUGUGCAUGCACUUCUGUGCAAAAACAAGAAAGUUUCAAGUUAUGGGCAGGUAAGCUAUCUGAAUAUGGAAUGGGAUCAUACUGGGGGGCAAGACAGGUCAUGUAUGAGGUUUGGAAAAAACGGAGUGCCGAUGUUAAUAGUACCGAUAACUGGUAUGAACUUUACAAGAAGAAAAAGAUGAAUCUAAUGCUGUUUUAA